AUUACUCUUCCCACAUUCACAUCCUGCUCCUCGAGGCUCACCACGUUCCCUCGUCCUCGACCACCCGUGACCUGCCGUGACCUCGAACAUGGCUGUGAUAUCAGACCACGACCCGCUAUCCUCGGUGCUCACCCCGCCCGCCGUCCCCUCGCCCGCGCCCCCGGCAAGCACCCACAGCUCUCACCCCCUUCAGGUUUCACCCAGCUGCUCCCCGAUAUCCAGUCCUCCAGCAGUCCUCGCCCCCUUCGCCCUGGUACCCCCCAGCCUGCGCGGGUCCCCUUACCCGGCCUUCGUCAGUAGUCUCGGGUGUGGUGUGUCCAGCGCCCUACAGAGCUACGGCUUGCUAGCUCUGGAUAGUGUGCCUUGGGGCGUGCUGAGUGGCGCCCCCAUCAACCGGCUGCUGCUGACUCCCGGGGGCCGCCUCAGCAGACCCAAGAAGCGGUACAUCUGCAAGUACUGUCAGCGGGAGUUCACCAAGAGCUACAACCUGCUGAUCCACGAGCGGACCCACACGGACGAGCGGCCCUUCCCCUGCGACAUCUGCGGCAAGGCCUUCAGGAGGCAGGACCACCUCCGCGACCACAAGUACAUCCACAGCAAGGAGAAGCCCUUCAAGUGCGAGGCGUGCGGCAAGGGCUUCUGCCAGGCGCGCACGCUCGCCGUGCACGAGAGCACCCACAACGACGCAGAACGACAGGAGGCAACCACACCCCACAAUACGACCCCACAACCCACCCAUGCCCACAGACACGCCACCCACGGCCUCGCACAGAAGCCCACUGACAAGCCCCUGCAGUCACCACCUUCAGGAACCUCGACUCCAAACUGCUCUUCGUUUUCUCUCCUCCAAGCAACGCCCUCACCCCGCCUUGCAUCCCCACCAACCCUCUCACCCAUACCAACCCCACCAUCCCAAGACACCUCAUCCCCCUCAUCACCCCAGCCAGUCCCCCCACCACGGACCCAAGUUUCCCCACCACGGUCCAAUCAGAAGCAGCCUCCUUCAGUGCCUCCUUCAGCGCCCCUCACACCACGCCGCGGCUUCACUAUACAAGACCUGAUGAGUUAG